AUGCCCGUUUCAACCUUCUCGUCGUCUGGUCCGUCUGACAAUCAUCAUGCGAGCCAUCGCGCUUCUCUCGUCGUUCCAGCGCGCAAGAGUUCGACGCGCGAGCGGAUCAAUGCCGACGAGAGACGGCGGACCAUGAACGCCAUGCAGGAGUUGGACGGGACAGGGCUGCAUGAUUGUCCGGAUUGGCCACUGCCGUCUCCGCCGCUUCAGCAUGUUGGGAGGGAGGGCCGAGUCAAGAGCGCUGUCCUGCAGGCUGGUCCGGUGGAGCUGGAGGACGAGCAUGCCGACGAGACUGCUGUCAUGCGGAAGCCAGACGAGAUUGCUGGGCAGAUGGGUGGCAUGGAGUCCCUGGGAGACUCUGACGUGAGCGACGUGGGAGAGGGCGAGGAGGAUAUGAGGUAUGGCUAUGGCAUUGGCAAUGCGCAGAGCAGUAGCACGGCGUCUUCAUCGCCCCAACUACCUCAGAUGGAACACCCAACGAGGUCGGAGUCGUACAGAGCACCGCGUCGAAGUGCUGAACACGAAACACAAGCCGAAGUCUCGCCAGUCAGGGAAGAGCAACACCAGCCUCGGUCACGGAAACGGACACAGACCGACAGUGGAUCGUUCGAAGCACCGCGACUGACAGCAGCACAGCAGCUCGUUCAAUCCAUCAUCAAUGGAGAGACGGACGAGGCUCACAACCACCACGACGUCCACGACAGCGGUGACAUCGCAACGCCAAUACCAUUCGGCUCCGACUCGCCGGGCCUGACGCAAGGGCAGCAUCCCGGUAGCUCACCUCACCUGAACGGCGACACCCUCCAGAUACUCCUCACGAACGCCUCCAACCCUCGAAGUUCGAUCGCGAAAGGGCCUAUGACUACACUGUUCAACAAGCGGGCGUCGACAAGAAGUAGCUGGAUCAACACAACGCAAAUACCAUCGCACAGGAACAACGUGAGGUAUAGUUGGCAAUCAAUACAGGAUGACGAGCCCAAUCGGCCGCGGAUACAUAUCAUCAAGCUCAUAUCGAAUACGGCCACGGCUUCGGCAGGAUUCCCAACAGGCGAGGCAUUUGGCUUCUCGAUAUCGCCAGGUGGGAGGAAGAUAGCUGCAUUCAACAGUGCGAGGCUGUUUGUGCUGCAGACCAAUGCAUUGCCUGUGGGCAUCAGUCAGGAUUAUGCUCUUAAGAGGCGGCCGCUGGCCGUGGAGCUUACAGAUGAGAACAAUACCAUGGCCAUUCUGGCAGACGACCACACAGUGAACAUAUACGAUCUUGGACUACAGCUCAAGCGCAUAAGGACGAUAAAGCUAGACUUCCCUUCGACAUGCAUUGCGUUAGCACCGACAGGAGGCCUAUUGGCAGCGGCAUACGAAGGUGGUUGUGAGAUCUUCUCUCUUUCAGUCGAUGCGCUACCUACGGAUCGCCGGGCAGUCAGGUCUCUCAAGAUGGACCGCAUGGCCUUUUCAGAGGACGGCUCGACCUUGGUAGGAACCACAACCAGAGUAAAUGUCUCUUCCACAGUUGUGGUCCAGGUACCUGUGUUCCCAGCUUCGCCAGACAAUGUUCCAACACACGAGGAGCUCAAGGAAGCAUGGUGCUCAGAACUGUUACACCCAGAGAUCAUCCGAAACAGCAGUCACGCAACAUUCAUGCGAGAGAAUCGAAAGACCAUGAACGAACGAUUAUUUGCUUGGAACGGUGUGGAAGAUAGCUUUGGCAUCCUGAACGUGGGAGAUAUGCAGUACGGCAAGAUUGACUUCCCAGUAGUCAUCUCGCCGCCUCUAUCGACUUGCGGAGGUCUGGGUGCGGCGAUACACAGCUGUCCGGCGAUCGACGAGCAUGGGAAUACAGUAGCGAUGAUUGUCAACGACAGGACAAUCAGGCUAUACAUCGUGCCGCAAAAGAUUGACGACGAGGUGGAGGAAGUCGAGGCUCACAGUAUCGACCAUGAGCUGGACGAAGGAUAUGGGUGCCCUUUCAGCGAGGUGCGGUGGGUAUACAGCUCCAACUCACUCCCGGCGCCGCUGAACAAUCAAACACAUGUCAAAGGGCGUCUGAUAGUGACGAGCCCUGGAGGUGUCACAGACUCUGGUAUCAGUGAGGAAAGUGUGGAAGACAUCGAAGGUGGUAGGAUCAUACUGUUCGACUUCGAUCCACAGUUCGCAGGUCAGCCAGGGCAGACUUUCAACUUGACGCUUGGCAAGAGUCCGCCCAUGAAGCUUGAGGAGGAAGAGGUGAAUCUACAAGAGCAAGUAUCUCUCGUGCGAAGGCGGACCGUGAACCGGAGCAAAAGUGGAGGCUUACAUGCACGGCCAAAUACCCUUGGACGAUCAGCGACAACGUAUGGUGGACGAGGCGGGCACAGAGGACCAAGUCCGGCGCUCAGCAAUGCUUCCUCGAAUCGCAAUCGAGCGAGUAUGUUAUCGAUUGGGAGUAUGCACUCGGACGCAGCCAGGAGUUUGCCAGACUUGAUGGAGGGCGGCGAAGAAGCGGAUGCAUUUGAAGAGCCGUAUGCGCAGGGAGCACCCAGGUCACACGCUUCGCUAUUACGAGCGGCAUCAAAUGCGCAACGACAUCGAUUCCAGACGAUAGAAGAGCGGACCCAGGAACGAGUCAGCGUCGACAGCAGUGGUGGAUUUCUGCCACUGCCAGAGUACACCGAAGAGCCGAACGCACCUCUACCAAGCAGAUUUCGUGCCAUGGCUGGACUCGAUCAGCCAGCUACGUUCAACCCUACGAAGCCAGCCGUCGUGGUGAACGCGAAUGGCUUAACGGCAGCUUCAAGUUCCUCGAGCAACCCACGAACUGCACCUCCUGACAUUGCCGAGAACUUCAGUGCAGAUACCGCUUUUCGAAGAGCAAACGAGCAGGCCAGACUUGCGCGCCGAGCGGAGAUCGAACAUGGAGUUGGAUCGUUCAGCAUGCCAAGAUCGGUGGAGGAGGCUCAGAAUGCGUUGCGAAUGCAUCGCGAACAGCCACCUUCUACUGUACCGUCGCGGGCUGGCACUUAUAACUUGCACGACCAUGUGCGAGGAACGAUGAGUUCAGCUGCAAGCUCGAGACCGUACAGUCCGGCCAGUCAAUUGAGCGGCACUGGGACAUACAACUCUUAUGCUCCACCACCUGGCGCCGUCGGCACAUUUGACUCUUUCUCAGCAAUGCCGAGGAGUUUGCAGCGAGCAUACAGUAACGCCGUCUCUCCGAUUGGGAGUGGUCCUCCUCCAAGUCUGAUUGGCGACUGGCGGAACGUGAGUCCAGCGGUAUCACACAGCGGGACUCUUGUCAAUGACAGAACGCCCAUAUCGCCAGCCUCCACUGCUGUGCCUACGCAAGAGGAGCAAUGGGAUGUCAUCUCGCCGGUGGGGACAAGCGAUUCCAAUCGUUACUCGACCUCGCGACUCAACCCUUCAGGCCACCUUCCACCGAGCACAUCCUCAUCCUACGCCACCACUGCUGACACAAUCAGCGCUCCUUCAUCCUCAGCAGGAGCCAGACUACCACCCCGCAUGCAAGCCUUCCGCAGCGCAGCAGCAGCAAACACAUCCGCAUCCCUCUUCCCACCCUCCCAAUCCCACGACCAUGUUCCCAUGCGACCUAGCACAAGCCGAGCCGGGACUGCCACACACCCCGUCACAGCCUGGCAUCCACCAGCCGCUUCGACACCGAAUAUAGCAGCCCCACGAACAAGCGGGAGUAUGCGUGGCCAUCAUUCUCGGAGGAGCAGUCUAGCGGGCAAGAGUGCCUUUGCAAGCACUCAGAAGGCGAAGAAGCUGGGAUUCUUCAGGAAGAGCAGGAAACCUAAUUCAUUCGCGCCGACGGCGUAUAAUGAUGGAAGUGUGAUGGAGACGAAGAGUAUGGUGACGUGGAUGACUAGAGGGGACAAGAAUUGUACAUUGAUGUAA